CUCCGUAUCUUGCCAUUGCUGCGCGCGCUGAUGUCGUCACCGCCAGCUCCCGGGGCCGUAGGACCGACAAACUCAUCCGUUGCCCUCUCCAGCCUCACACUGAGGAGAAACUUCUUUCGGGAGGCAGCCCGCGCCAUGAGCAGCACGGCCAUGGUCCCCAGCGCGCCGGGCCCGGGCCCGGGCCCCAGCGGCGGACCAGGCGGAGGCACCGAGGUGAUCCAGGUGACCAACGUGUCCCCGAGCGCUAGCUCUGAGCAGAUGCGGACGCUCUUCGGUUUCCUGGGCAAGAUCGACGAGCUGCGCCUCUUCCCGCCGGAUGACUCGCCUUUGCCAGUCUCCUCUCGUGUCUGCUUUGUUAAGUUCCAUGAUCCAGACUCAGCAGUUGUGGCACAGCAUCUGACAAACACUGUGUUCGUUGACAGAGCUUUGAUAGUCGUUCCAUAUGCUGAAGGAGUUAUUCCUGAUGAGACUAAGGCUUUGUCUCUGUUGGCACCAGCUAAUGCAGUGGCAGGUCUUCUGCCUGGUGGUGGACUCCUGCCUACCCCCAACCCACUUACCCAGAUUGGCGCUGUUCCCCUGGCUGCAUUGGGAGCUCCAGCUCUUGAUCCUGCCCUUGCUGCUCUUGGGCUUCCAGGAACAAACUUGAACUCUCAGUCUCUUGCUACAGACCAGCUGUUGAAGCUUAUGAGUACCGUUGAUCCCAAAUUGAAUCAUGUAGCUGCUGGUCUUGUUUCACCAAGUCUGAAGUCAGACACCUCUAGUAAAGAAAUAGAGGAAGCCAUGAAGAGGGUGCGUGAGGCCCAAUCCCUGAUUUCUGCCGCUAUUGAGCCAGACAAGAAGGAGGAAAAGAGAAGACACUCGAGAUCAAGGUCGCGCUCGAGGAGGAGGAGGACCCCCUCAUCCUCCAGGCACAGGCGGUCACGAAGCCGGUCAAGGAGGCGGUCACACUCCAAGUCUAGAAGUAGAAGGAGAUCCAAAAGUCCAAGACGGAGACGAUCUCAUUCCAGAGAGAGGGGUAGAAGGUCAAGGAGCACGUCCAAAGCCAGAGACAAAAAGAAAGAAGAUAAAGAAAAGAAACGUUCCAAAACUCCACCAAAAAGCUACAGUACAGCCAGACGCUCUCGAAGUGCAAGCAGUUUGCACAUUUGUGAUUCUAGGGAGAGACGACGGCGGCGAAGCAGGAGUGGUACAAGGUCUCCUAAAAAGCCCAGGUCUCCUAAAAGAAAGCUGUCUCGCUCACCAUCUCCACGGAGACAUAAAAAAGAGAAGAAAAAAGAUAAGGACAAAGAAAGAAGUAGGGAUGAAAGGGAACGAUCAACAAGUAAAAAGAAGAGGAGCAAAGACAAGGAGAAGGAGCGCGAAAGGAAGUCUGAGAGCGACAAAGACGUCAAACAGGUGACACGGGAUUAUGAUGAAGAAGAGCAGGGCUAUGACAGCGAGAAGGAGAAGAAGGAGGAGAAGAGACCAACAGAAGCAAUGUCCCCUAAAACAAAGGAGUGCUCUGUGGAGAAGGGGAUAGGUGACCUGCGAGAGUCCAAAGUAAAUGGGGAUGAUCACCACGAAGAAGACAUGGAUAUGAGUGACUGAGCCCCUGAAGCUAGCUACAGAUGGGCCUCGGUAUCAUUCCUCAUGAUACCUAAUGCUGUGUGUGUUCAUCUCACCAAGGUGUAUACAGCUGCACAUUACCAAUGGCUGCAGAACACCCGAUUGUGAACUCUAGUUCUUUACAGCAAAAGCUUUUAGAAAGUGGUACCUGGGUGACCAGCACUGCCAUGGUGAUAUCCAUUUGCGUGACCAAGCAGCUGUGCAACUGCUGCUUCUAACACAAAUGAACAGCUGCAUGCAUCUCCAGCAGGCAUGGAUUGUCUCUGUCGUAUGAUCCUCAGUGCGUUCACUUAGAGUAUUUCUAGAGUUUGAGUCCUUGCCGUGAUAGAGCCAUGUAGGGAAUGCACUGAUUGCAUGUUACCCCAAAUGUCAUGAAACCCUCCAACACGGUGACCUACUUAAUGGUCUUACUUGUUGACAUGACAAAUUAACAUUCUUAGAGUUACAUCUGGAAACAAGCAUUUGUGAUAGAUAAGCCUUUUGAGCCUUGUGGCUAAAUUUUUGUGGCUUUGUUUAACUUUCAAAGGUUAUAUAUGCACUAACCUUUUUUGAUGGCUAAGUAGGCUUUAAAUUACAGGAAAAAAAUUUUCAAAUAAAACUGGCUGUAAAAUAUGAUGUUUUGAAUUAGAGUUGUUCACUUUUUCAUAGCUACUUAUGUUUUUUUCCAAUAAUUUAUUUCACAUCUCUACCAGUGAACGCAACCUGCUUAUCCAGUCCAUCACUAGAAGAAAAUGACCUCGUCCUGAUUUUCAGUUUUCAACUUUUGUUUUAAAGCUCACUGUUGAACAAGAGGAGGUGGUGGUGCAUUUUAAAUUGACCUUCAUGUGCUUUUAAAAUACGACAAAUCUUGAUAAUGUACUUUUAUUUGAUCUCAAGUUGUACAAAACCAAUAAAUUUGUGUUACUUUGAUUGCAGUGGUAUCUUAUGCACAGUGAUUCCAUGUUAUAUGCAGACUAGGUAGAUAACUGUUUUCUUAGUUACAGGAGUUAGAAGCUUCACUUUUGUGCAGUAAAAAACAAAAGUAGGCUACCAUCUGUGCCAUGUUGAUGUACAGUUUCUGAAAUUGUUUUACAGGACUUUGAUAAUAAAACCCUGAAACUCACAAGUCA